CAAUAAAAUUUGUUAGAAAAAGUAAAAGUAGAGUAAAAUAAAAAUUAAAUCAAUAUGAAUUUCAAUGGGGCACUCAUUUUCCUGACUCUGCUUAUGACCAUCUUUGCGGGACAGACUGAAGCAGGUUGGCUGAAGAAGAUCGGCAAGAAAAUUGAGCGAGCUGGCCAGCACACACGAGAUGCCACCAUACAGGGGAUCGCUGUGGCUCAACAGGCAGCCAACGUCGCAGCGACGUUGAAGGGUUAAACUAACAAAAUAGUUGGUAAAUACACACAUACAUAUGCAUGCAUUCAUAUGCAUGGGUAUAUAACUACAA